AUGCGUCUUCGAAAUGAAAGUCUAUACGGUGUAUGGGUGAAGGAUGCAUACGGGAGGUCAUCUGUAGCCACAACUUCUAGAGGAAAAUUAUCUCAUCACUUGGUGCUAUCAUCUGGAAAACAAGCUCCAAAAAAUCCCCGCCUAGUCCAAGCAUAUGUCAGGGUCUCGCGUUCUCCUGAUCCGCACCACCAUCAUCAUCAUGGCCAUCACGGUGGAGGAUUAUUCGGAAACAUCGGCGUAGCUCACAGUCAUUCAAAUGGAUACGGUCUCUACCCGGGAGGAUACGGAGGUUACCCUGGAGGCUACGGAGGUUACCCUAGAGGCUACGGAGGAUAUGGAGGAUACCCUGAUUAUUAUGACGGUGGAUACGGUGGAGCAGGUGGCGAGGCAGGUUCAUUCGGAUUCGGAUAUGAUUGGAGAAGAUAA